UGACUGUCACCCCCUGGACACCCGGCCCUGCAAACUUUUUCCCUCACGCUCCUUCAAUACCAGGCAAAACUAAGUAAAGGACACAAGACCACGGCCUGGUUCAUUCUUUUAUAUCGAAGGCUGGAAAUCCUUCACCCUUGUUACCACACCUAAUAAUUCGUCGAACAAUGUCUCCCCAUCACAAUGCCCGGGCCCAGCAGCAAAACAACCGGUUACUCGUUACGGGAACCGUGUCGUUUUACUUGAUUGCUGCAUUGGCGAUGGUCAUGGCCAACAAAUGGGUGUUACAGACGACCACCGUACCGCUGUUCUUCUUGUUCACCCAACUCGUGAUUGCAGUUGUCCUUUUCCUUGCAUCUCAUGCUGUCGGUCUAGUGCAAAUACCACUCUACAUUGAUGGCCAGCUUAUCAGGGGUCUUGCCGCCACUGUCGGUCUUAACGUGGUCGGCCUCAGUUUCAGCAACUUCACUCUUAAAUAUGUAGACGCGUCCUUUUACCAGGUUGCUCGCGGUCUACUAUUACCCCUCACGGUUGCAACAUCUUACUUAUUCCUGCACUCACGGCCGUCCUUGCGCAUCCUCCUCUCCUGCUCAGUGGUAACGCUUGGUUUCUUCAUCGGUGUCUUCUUGGACGCAAUACCUAUUUCUUCUCUUGGCCUAGCCUUCGGCGUCACGAGCUCCGCCAUCACCGCCGUUCACUCGGUAGUCAUCAAAAAGAGUCUUGACGUUGUCCAUGGCAGUGCGAUGCAUCUGUCCUGGUACACGAAUCUAUUUAGCGCUGUUCUCAUGAUACCUCUUGUCAUCCUCGCGGGAGAGUUGCCUGGUAUUGCAGAGCUGUUCUUUGGAGAGACUGUAGCUGUCUUUCCUGCCGACGGUGGACUCUCUCCAUUGAGUACCUUUAUCUGGGGAUCUCUCAUCACGGGAUCCUUUGGCUUCUUGAUGAGCGUUGCUAGUGUCUUGUCUAUCAAGGUCACCUCUCCUAUUACGCACAUGAUAUCUUCUGCUGUUCGUGGUGUGGCGGCAUCUCUCCUCGGGAUGUGGUUAUUUAAUGAGCUCUUGUCGGGCGGACGUAUCUCUUCCAUAGCUGUUAUCCUUGCUGGUUCUAUUUACUACACUUGGGUAAAGCACGUCGAAUCUCAGGCACCACGGUCAGACGCGAACUCGACCAAGUACGAAAGAGUUCCACUGGAUGACGUGGAGGUUGGGAAUGGUACGCCUGUGAAGCCGGAGUAGAGAUGUCGAUUUUAGUUUGUUGUUGGUGUCGACCUUAAAUACCAGGCGCCUACUCAUGGACCCUUCGGACGGUCUGGACACGACGUUCUCCUGUCAUCGCUCUUUAUAAUUGUGUAUCCUAAUAAUCAUAUUGCGUGAGGGACU